AUGACAGCAGUGAUUCAUGAAGGUGGUAUAAAACCAGUAAAACAACGUAUCCAAGAUACUGAAAUCCAAAUCAACUCAAAGACAUUGAAUUUACGUCGUCUUGAGGCCCAAAGAAAUACUUUGAAUUCAAGGGUUAGAUUAUUAAAAGAUGAAUUAAAAUUAUUACAAGAACCAGGUUCAUAUGUUGGUGAAGUUGUUAAACCUUUAUCUAAGAAAAAAAUCUUGGUUAAAAUGCAUCCUGAAGGUAAAUAUAUUGUUAAUUUAGCACCGGAAAUUGAUGUUAAAGAUGUUAAACCAUCAUUAAGAGUAUGUUUAAAAUCAGAUUCUUAUACUUUACAUAAAAUUUUACCAAAUAAAGUUGAUCCUUUAGUUAGUUUAAUGAUGGUGGAAAAAGUUCCUGAUUCAACUUAUGAUAUGGUUGGUGGUCUUACAAAACAAAUUAAAGAAAUUAAAGAAGUUAUUGAAUUACCUGUUAAACAUCCAGAAUUAUUUGAAAGUUUAGGUAUAGCUCAACCAAAAGGUGUUAUUCUUUAUGGUCCUCCAGGUACUGGUAAAACACUUUUAGCAAGAGCUGUUGCUCAUCAUACAGAAUGUAAAUUUAUCAGAGUUUCAGGUUCAGAAUUAGUACAAAAAUAUAUUGGUGAAGGUUCAAGAAUGGUUAGAGAAUUAUUCGUUAUGGCUAGAGAACAUGCACCUUCCAUUAUAUUCAUGGAUGAAAUAGAUUCCAUUGGUAGUUCAAGAGUUGAAGGUUCAAGUGGUGGUGAUUCAGAAGUUCAAAGAACAAUGUUGGAAUUAUUAAAUCAAUUGGAUGGGUUUGAAAAUUCAAAAGAUAUAAAAAUUAUCAUGGCAACAAAUAGAUUAGAUAUUUUAGAUCCAGCUUUAUUAAGACCUGGUAGAAUUGAUAGAAAAAUUGAAUUCCCUCCACCAACAGUUGCAGCAAGAGCUGAAAUUUUAAGAAUUCAUUCAAGAAAAAUGAAUUUAACAAGAGGUAUAAAUUUAAGAAAAAUUGCAGAAAAGAUGAAUGGUUGUUCAGGUGCUGAUGUUAAAGGUGUUUGUACCGAAGCUGGUAUGUACGCAUUAAGAGAAAGAAGAAUUCAUGUUACUCAAGAAGAUUUUGAAUUAGCUGUUGCUAAAGUUUUGAAUAAGAAUGAUGAAGGUCAAGUUUCUUUGGCUAAAUUAUAUAAAUGA